AUGGCUGCUCCUGCUGGACCUGAUGUGACCGUCAAGCCUCUGAAUGGUCCUUCUGGUCUGCCUGAACCGCUUCCCGCCGUCACAAAGUUUGUACACGUAAGGCGGCCUUCAGCUCGACGACAGACUGCCUACUUCUUGCGGACGACCGAAGGACGCGACGCGGGACUGCGACUGCUACAGUACUCUCUGCGUCUGGCUCUGUACCUGCGCAAGAAUGCUUUCACGGCCUCCGCCCAUGUCCGCCUCCUAGCCCUCGUCUCGACCCUCGCGGCGAUCCGGCGACUCCUCGCUUUGCAAGACCUCAUCACGAGCGUCCGCCAAACCCUGCCCAAACUCGCUCCUCGAGAUAUCCUCUCCUCACCCUCGCCAGGAUCUGAGGCAACCCUGGCGGGAGACCGCCGACCUUACCUCGAAUCCCUCGCCUCCGUUGCCCAAGCCUCACUCGAUCUCCUCGCCGUCGUAACCGACAACCUCUACCUCUUCUCCCGCUUCGGCCUUCUCCCUCUCUCGCCACGCCGAACACAGCAGGUCGACAAGAUCUCGGACUUUGCGGCGCUUGCGAGCGCAGGAAUCGGUCUUGCGGUUGUCGCGCGCAAAAAUAACGCUUUGAUGGCUCGCGGACGUACAGCGCGUCGGAAAGCCGUCGAGUCGGAGAAAAAGCUGGAAGAGCUGGAGUUCUGGGAAGGCGGAGGUAUCGGCGGCGAGGCGAGUGCGAGCGUGAAGGAUAUGGUCGCCGCGCGAGAAGAGCGAGUGAGGGAGGAGCGGCGGCUGAGGGAGCGUGUAAGGGCGGAACGGAGGAAGAUGCGGGUCCUGCGCGGCGAGAUGGGCCAGCUGAGAUGGGACAGGUUGCGAUUGACCGCUGAGGCGAUAUUUGCGCUGUAUGAUGCGCUGGACCUUGAGACGGCGUCCGAGUCGGUCAAGAGCUGGUCGGGACUGGUCUCUUCGGUCAUCGAGUUCUCUCAGGCGUGGGCAGGGUACAUCACGACGCGGAGGAAGCAGUCGUAG